GAAGUGACGCAAGUGUGCUUCCGGCGGACGUGGGUGGGGCUUCGGGUCUCCUUCCCGGGAUAUCUGCGGACACAUGGAAGCAAAGACUCUUGGAAUUGUAACGCCCAGAAAACCUGUCUUAUCUGUCAGUGCAAGAAAAAUUAAGGACAAUGCAGCUGAUUGGCAUAAUUUAAUACUGAAAUGGGAAACCCUCAAUGAUGCAGGCUUUACCACUGCAAAUAAUAUUGCCAACCUGAAAAUCAGUUUAUUGAAUAAAGACAAGAUAGAAUUAGAGAACAGCAGCCCAGCAGCUUCCAAUGAAAAUGAAGAAAAGAUGUAUCCGGAAUAUAAUAAGGAACUCGAGACACUGUGUGAGGAAUUGCGGGCCACCUUGGAAGCGUUGACCAAAAUACAGGUGAAAAUGGAAAAGCUGUCUUCAACUACCAAGGGAAUUUGUGAACUAGAAAAUUACCAUUAUGGGGAGGAGAGUAAACGACCCCCUCUGUUUCACACGUGGCCCACAACCCAUUUCUAUGAGGUUUCCCAGAAACUCUCUGACAUGUACAGGAAGGAGCUCCUCCUGAAGCGCACUGUGGUUGAAGAGCUGGCACACACUGUGGACCACGACCUCAUUCUGAGCUACUUGUCAAUGUGGCUGCACCAGCCCUACCUGGAGAGUGACAGCCAGCUGCAUCUGGAAAGCAUGCUGCUCGAAACAGGCCACCGAGCACUGUGACCUCCCCAAACAGCUUCUCGUGAGCUCCACCUCCAGGCUCCAGGCACUGGCUUCUCCCGUCUCUCCUAGGUGGACAGUCCCCUGAGUAGGAUCCAGUGCCAUGCCCAAGGAUUAGACCCUUUGCUGUGGCAUGGCCACCCACCAUCCUUCUUAGGGUCUUCCAGGCUGGAUCAUUUCACCAGGACAUGCUAGGCCCAAUAAAGCAGCUUUCAUGGCAUUCUUCUGACACGAAUCCUAUAGUCCAGCAAUAUUUGCAAGCAUUUCCAUGGUUAAUGUAUUAUGCUAGAAUAACAAAAGGUAACAGCGAUGAAACAGACUGAAGAGGCUGGCCAAAACCGAGGGUGUGGGGAGAAUGCUCAGGUACCACAUCUCCUUGCAACUGUUCUUUUCUGUUGUAUCACUUGUUAUAUGGUUUCUUCAUUUGUGUUUGCCUUUUUAAUAAAUUCUCUGAUCCCAAACUAUAUACGUAGUGAUAUUUAAUAAAUAAUAGUUUUUGUU